AUGUACAGUAAGAUCCGAGUAACAGCGCCAUAUACCGUGGAGUUCCUUACCAGUGAAUUAUCGAAGCGAGAUAACGAGAUCUAUGCUCUGCAGUCACGUCUAGAGAUGACUGAAAAGCAACAGCAAGAUCAAAAUCAUCACAUCAGUGUACUAAAAGAACAGGUAAAAGCCAGAGAAAACAAGGUCUCCAUGCUUACAGCAGAUAUUGAAGACUUCCGAAAACGCCUGAAGGAGAAGGAAGGAUUGUUAGAAAAGAAAUCCAAGUUGAUGGCCACCAAUGCAACUGGAAAGCGUCAACUUGAAACAGAGUUAGCUGAAUUGAAGGAUCAAGUUGAUCUUAAGGAAAGGAAAAUCUCGUUGCUUCAACGCAAGGUUGAAAAUCUUGAAGAGAUGGUUGCUGAAAAGGAGUCACAGCUGACCAAUUUGAAGUCCAGACUCUCACGAUUGAAUAAUGAGAAGACCGGCACAGAUUUUCCAAAAGCUAAUCUUGAAGAUAUUGUGAAAGAAAAGGAUAGGCAAAUUGAAAGAUUGAAAGAGGCUCGAGAGCGAAGCGAAGCAGAAUGGUCAGAGGAAGCCGAGGGUCAACGACGAGCUCACUCGGAAUUGCGUAAUCGACUUGACACAGCAUUACGUGACCUGGAUGAGAAAAGCACCCAGCUUAGUGAAGUGCGGGAAGAGUUGGCCCAACUUCGCAGCUCACGCUACAAACGCGACUCGGAAGUGAGCCAACUUCAAGUUCAGUUGCGUCAACGCGAAGCUGAACUGUCGUCUCUGCAGAUAGAGAAACAGAUGUUGCAGAAACAAGUGACCAGCGAGGCGGAGAUGAAAUACGCCAAAAGGGUUUCGGAUUUGGAGGCCCAAGUAAAUCAUUAUAUGGAAUCUGCUUCAAAACUGCAAAGCGAGGCUGAUCGCCUUCUCAAUGUGAUCCGAAAUUCAGACACCGACAAGUUAGACAAGGAAAACCAAAUUCAUGAAUUAGAAGAGCAGCUACAUGACGCUCAGAACCAAAUCGGAAGUCUCAAGCGAUCUCAGCAGGCUGAUCGAAAGAAGAACACUCAGAUGCUUGAUGAAGCCCGUCAGAGAGCAGAUAAUAUUCAAAACGAUGCUGAAAUGCUCAAGAAUGUGAUAGCCGAGAAGGAGGUGCGAGUGAGGGAAUUGGAGCAGGCUCUUCGGGAGAGUGUUCGACUUACCGCGGAAAGGGAAGCCCAUGUGGCCUCUCGAGAGGAUUCCACUCGUCAACUUGAACAUCAGCUACGGGAACUUCGUUCAACUGUGGAGCAUCUUCAGAGGGAGCGAAACAAUCUUUCUUCCCAGUUGGCCAGUGUCCAAGAAGAGCUUCGUGAUCGUGAGGGUCAACUAAAGAAUCUUGAAGCCGAUUGUUUCCAGAGUUAUAUCCCUGAGUUGGAAAAACUUCGUCAAACCAAUCAAGAAUCGAAUCUGCGUAUAGCUGCCCUUGUCAAGGUUGUUCAAGGCCAAGAAGAUAGUUUGACUGAACAAGACAAAUCAGCUUUAGCCACAGUCCCACUGUUCCCCAGUCUCGCUCAUAAAACUCCUGGAGCAACGAGAUCUUUAACAAAAACCCAAGUUCGUCUGGGAGCUCAAUCGGGUCCAUCAGGUCUUCUCUCCUUUGGACAAUCUGGUGUCCCUGCGGGUAGCAUUUCACCUCACUUUACCGGUAGCGCCUUCCAUCUGAUUGGCUCGUCGUCUGUUGCAGCUGCUACGGGUUCUCUCACUUCAGGAGGCAUCGGCUUACCCAUCCAGAAUACUGAGUCCAUUCUUUUCGGCAGAUUACUUCAAGAAAAAGAGACGAUGCUCCAACAGCAAUUGCACGAACUCACUCGCCUUCGGUUCCAGAAUUCAGAGAUGGAGGUAAAAGUUAAAUCGCUUCAGAGAGAUCUCGAUGCUAAGACUUCUCAGUUGACUGCCAUGGAAGUUGCCCAGUCCACAGCUGGCAUAACUGGACUGGUGGAUUGGCAAUCGCAGUUAGCCGGAAUGCCCAUCACUCAAGCGGAGUUGGCGACUCUAAGGAAGGCCAACACGGAGAUGCGUGAGAAACUGAUGCAACUGCAAAGCUCCCUUCAGGAACGCGAAAAUGAACUCAUUCGCGUUCAACACAAACAGACUUCAGAAAACACACUGGAGAUUGAACGAUUAAAGUUGGAGUUAGCCAAGCUAAAAGAAGAGCGUGAAUCAAUUGAGAGAACCUUGCGUCUCGAAACAUCAAGAGCUUCGAGUGAAUUAGCUCGAAUGAAUACAACCGCUUCUGCAGUGGAAUCCAAAUUACUGGAAAGAGAAGAUAAGAUCAAGCUACUUGAAUUCGAAAGAACAAAACUGAAUUCAGAUCUGGAGGGUCUGCAGAGUAAAUAUCAUGCUGUUUUGGGUCAGCUUACGGAGAAAUCAGACAAAUUGCAACAAAUGGAGCAAGAUUGCGAGAAGAAACAUACAUUCGAGAUUAAGCGACUUACAAAGGAGAUCGAAGAACUAAAUCAUCGUGUUAACUACCUCCACAAGACCUUACAAGAACGUGAGGCCAAACUCGAAAAACAGGAAACUGAACUUGUAAGUUUUAGUUUAGUCAAGAGAUACAAUUUAAGGCUCAAUUGA